UAUUUUGCCUUUAUUUGCAUAUACAAUCAAAACAGAAGUCUGUGAUAACUUAAAACGCUUUUGUGUUCAGUUUUUGGGAACAUUCUUAGUGAUAAAAGCUCAAUAUGAGUUCCUGGAACUGCUGUAGGACUUGCCUUAGCACCGCACAUUUAAGCCCAAUAUUUUUACAAACAGAACACAGUGAGCAUUAUACAAAUGUUAUAUUAAUUGCUACAGGAGUCAAGGUUGAGCUUAAUGACUGCUUACCUCAAGAAGUUUGCCACACCUGCAUUUCGUUCAUAAAUGAAACAAUGAAAUUCCGUAAAAAAUGUGAACUCACCCAAAUAACACUCCGAAAUAAACUUAACAAUGACACUUAUGAAAUAAAACAAGAAUUUAUCAAACCAGAUACAAUAUCUAUAGAUAUUUCAGAAUAUGUAGAUGAUGAUUUUAAAGACUAUGAUGACAAUAUUACUUUAAAUACACUACAAUAUACAGAAGAAAAAACUUUAGAUAAUAAGUGUACAGAAAAAUUUGAGGAUAUAAAAAAUAUAGAAAAUGAAAACAAAGUACAAGAGACCACAGACAACAAAGUUAUUUUAGAAGAAGUAAAAAAAGAAGUAAAAAAAAGGAGAGUUAAAAAAACUGAAAUGAACGGACAGAAGGUUAAAGAAGAAAUAGAAUGUGAAUAUUGCCAUAAGAUCUUGACGUCAAAACUGUCAAUUAGGAAUCAUUAUAAAAUACAUACUGGUUUUGAUGUGAUAUGUGAGCAUUGCGGCAAGAAGUUCAUAACCCGUCGCCUGCUGCUGAUGCACUGCCGAGCGAAGCAUGGAUACGAGAAGACUGACAAGUGCUCCUACUGCGACUACCGAGCGUCCAACGCGGAGCAGGUCAAGAUUCACGAGAGGCUACAUACUGGUGAGAAACCUUACGUGUGCGAGCAGUGCGGCGCGGGCUUCCACAGAAAAAGCUCCUAUCUACAACACAUCGCCAUUCAUCUGCCUGAGAAAACUGUUCAGUGUACAGUAUGCCCGGCACGCUUCAAGUCUGUCACUCUGAUGAGGAUUCACGCUGCGCGCCAUCGAGCCCCGCGGUACACUUUUCAGUGUACGCUCUGCGAAAACAGCUUCGCCAGACGGAGGCCCAGAGCGUGACAAGCUUUUCACCAAACCGUUAGAGGACCUCACGCUGAACAAAGCAUUGGAGCUGGCAGAAGCUAUUUUAUUUUAUAAUAUUUUAUUUUAUUUUAUUUUACUGUAUGUUUAAAUACCCUCUUAUGUUUUUAGUUCUUUCGCAAAUUUCAUGCAAAAUAAAUGUAUCUGUGUAGCUUUAAGUUCUCAUGUUUUAACACAUUCACGUAUGGGUUCUCAUGUUUUUUGGCGACCGGUUUGGCCUAGUGGGUAGUGACCCUGCCUACGAAGCUGAUGGUCCCGGGUUCAAAUCCUGGUAAGGGCAUUUAUUCGUGUGAUGAGCAUGGGUAUUUGUUCCUGAGUCAUGGGUGUUUUCUAUGUAUUUAAGUAUUUAUAAAUAUGUAUAUAUUAUAUAUAUAUCGUUGUCUAAGUACCCUCAACACAAGCCUUAUUGAGCUUACUGUGGGACUUAGUCAAUUUGUGUAAUAAUGUCCUAUAAUAAAAAAAAAGUCAUCUCAGAACGACCCCAACAUGAUAACUUGCAAUUGCGAAAAAUAAAGUUACAUUAGGUAAACUAGUAUAUAAUAAUUUAGCAAUAGGCGGUUAAAGGGUUUAACAGCUUUUACAUUUUAAAUUUUAUAAUUAGGGUUAUUUAAUCGACAUUGACGGUUUGGGCGAGCCCGGGCAGGUGUAGAAGCACGAGGCGAAGCAAACUGCCAUUCAUUCUUUUAACCCUUUUCCAGGCCCCACCAAUCUACAAGGUUUUACCAAAAACUCUAAAUAUUGUGAUCUUUUCCAGCUUUCAUGAUUCAUUUGAAGACAAGUCACAUUUCACCAAAGUGCACUCUUAUUUGAACCUUAAAUCUGAAGGCUAAAGUUGAAAUUCCUUAAUUUAGGUUAAUCCUUUUCUACACAGUAUUAGGUCUACUUGGGAGGUUCACAAGUAUUUGUAACCAAUAAAAUAUUUUUGUUUCAUGAAACUAAACAAAUUAAAAAGCGGCCAAGUGCGAGUCGGACUCGCCCAUGAAAGGUUCCGUACCAUUUAUGACGUAUAAAAAAAACUACUCUCUAGAUCUCGUUCAAACCAAUUUUCGGUGGAAGUUUGCAUGGUAAUGUAUAUGAUAUCUAUUUUUUAGUUUUAUCAUUCUGUUAUUUUAGAAGUUACAGGGGGGGGGGGGACACAUUUUACCACUUUGGAAUUGUCUCUCGCGCAAACUAUUCAGUUUAGAAAAAAAUGAUAUUAGAAACCUCAAUAUCAUUUUUGAAGACCUAUCCAUAGAUAACCCACACGUAUGUGUUUGAUGAAAAAUAUUUUUAGAGUCUCAGUUCUAAGUAUGGAGAGCCCCCAAAAUUUAUUGUUUUUUUUUUCUAUUUUUGUGUGAAAACUUAAAUGCGGUUCAUAGAAUACAUCUACUUACCAAAUUUGAACAGUAUAGUUCUUAUAGUUUCGGAAAAAAGUGGCUGUGACAUAAACGGGCAGACAGACGGACAUGACGAAUCUAUAAGGGUUCCGUUUUUUGCCAUUUAGCCACGGAACCCUAAAAAUAACUUGUAAACCGACCAAGUAGAACUAAUAUUAUCUAGGACGAAAGUAGACGUACGGAUGCAUAUGUAGUUGUGCACGCACACAUACAUUCUUAACUUGGGGAUGAAAUCAGAGAUGGCGCUUUCAAAUGAGUUUCAAUAAAAUGCUUCAAGAGGGCUCUCUUUACCUAUAUACUUACUUUACUGUUUGUAUGUUAGUGUCAAUCAGCUGCACACGGUGUGCAAUGUGCCGUUAUAUUUCAACGGUAAAUUUUGUGUUUGUAAUGAUUUUUGAAUUCAAAACGGUCAAAAUUCUCGCUUACCAAGUUCUUUAAUCUUUAAAUGUGGCAUAUUGUGCGUCCAAACCAUGUGUCUUCGGUUGAUGAUUUCACUUACGAGUAUAACCUAUUGUUUACACCACAGCACAGCAGAGUAUGUAUUUACUAUUUUUUACAAAUUGAAAAUCGCAAGAGCUCCCUACCAAGACACAAGUUUUCGCGUUUACCGCAAAAAAGUUAGAGUUUGUCCUCGUUUUGAGAGCACUCCCCUGACUGCCACACCCGGUAUCGGAAUCCUUGGCGUCGACAUCUCGAGUGAAGUCCAGUUCCGCGGCCAUCUAGAGGGUAAGGCUAAAUUAGCCUCAAAAAAGCUCGGUGUGCUCAACAGAUCGAGACA